AUGGAUGGCGGUUUGAAGGAGUUGCAGGAUCGUCUGAAUGAGGCAGAAGAGCGUGUCAAGAGAAUGACGCAUUUGAUGCUGCGUGCCGUGUGGCAGUACGUAACACAGCAACACUCAUCUCCCAUGGUGACGAAGGGUUCUUCUGUAGGCAUAGCUGCUGGUGGGGCACCUUGCCUGAAGGUUGUUGUGUCGAAUCAUCAUGCGUUCCGGCCCCGAAAAGUAGGCGGCACUGCCAUGGUGCAGCAUGUGAAGGGCGGCUCGGGAGGGGUUGAUCAGGCCAGGCUGAGCCGUGAGCUGUACAGGAAAGCGUUUGGGGAGGCACGCCAACAGACGGAGUUGGGGAUAGUGCCAGCAAAAAACUUGGAAGAAGACAGUGGGGGUGAUGCCAUCCCAUCCGUUGCUCUGCUUUUAUUGCAAUCGUCUCGAGAGAGGGCGAUUAUGUCUGUUUUUUUACUGCGGCUCCGUCUGGCGGUUCAUCGACGACGUUUCCUGCAUGAAGAAUGUGAGCUUCGGUACGCGUACUAUCGUCUCAGUCGUGUCCUGAGGGCGUGGUGCGAUUUUGUGCGGGAUCUUAAGAGCAGUCGACAACGACUUCUUUGUGAUGUGUUGGCUCAUUGGGUAAAAGUCGUGGAGCGGCGCCGACAAACGCAAGAAUGUUUGCAUCGGUUUCUUGUGGGUUUGAGUAGAAGACGCCACGCAUUUGAGUGUGUUAGAAGAAUGAAGUUGCAGCAGUACUUUUUAAGUUGGCGGCAACGUUUAGAUUUGCGACGCACUCUUGGCUGCAUGGAAGAGCGGGCGGCGGAAAUGCGCAGGAGGCACAAGUACGUGGAGGUGGGUUCGGUCGCACAACCCGCCGGGGUGUUUGUUAUCAAAGACCGUGUUUUUUCUCACUGGAAAAAAAAGACAGAACAUCGACUAGACAAUCGACUGGCUGAAUGGAUGUCUAAACGGUUUGUAAUGCGGCGUGUAUGGAGGGAACUGGUCGCUCGCUACCUAUUUUCCAGGCAACAGCACACGGAGUAUUCCUUCACUUCAGAAUAUGGGCCGCCCACUGUUUAUGUGGACUCACAAAUGGCUGAAAAAUUCAUGGAAUUGAAGGCCCAGUGUGCGCAGCAGAUUGCGCGAGGGAGACUACGAAAGAUAGCGUUCAUACAGUGGCGUGCUAAGUAUCGGAACCGGCUGUCAGACCGUUUUUUUGUCUUUCGCCGUCGUGUUCGCGUGAUGGAGGCAUGGGUGGAAGCGCUUCGAAGAAGGAGGGUCAAUUGGUUUGUGAUUACGGCAUGUUGGUGCCGCUGGCGAGAGCGGCUGUACUUACGAUUGCAGUACCUUGAGGCACAGUGUUGGAGGCGACAACGGUUGCAAAGAAAUGCAUUGCUGCUGUGGCGCAAUAACGCUGCCUGUCGUCUCUUUGACCGUCACCAAACACUUCAUUCAUGCUGCUUUAAAUGGUGGCAGCGUGCAAAGCUGAAAUGGGCACGAAGACGACUGGCGGCGGGCAAGAAGAGACGCGUGAUAUUUGGCUGGCGUGAUGUGGCGAUGCGUGAGAAGGAGCAGCGGACCAUGACAUGUGUUGCCGAAACAUUGCGUGAGCUGGUGGUUUUGGUGGGAUGUUUUCGGCGCUGGAAAGAACGAUACGAGCACGCAUGUCGUGCACGCCUCUCUCAGAGUAUUUUGAGUGAGUUGAGACGCGAGAAGCAGCGGGCGCGGCUGUUUCAGCGGUGGAAGCGUUUAACGUUUUGGCCAAAUGCAGUUUGUAAAGAUCCCAGUUUGUCUAGUUGA